AUGGUGUACAUCGCCUCCCUCCUCCUAGGCCUUGCGGCCUCGGCGCUCGCCGCCCCCACCCCCAACCCCGGCCCCGAGCCCGACCUGGCUGAGCUCGAGGCGCACGUCGCCAACAUCACCAAGCGGUUCAACGAGCUCCCGCACGUCCAGUACCAGGAGAUGGCUGCGCGCGGCAUCUUCCCGGGCGUGACUGUCGCCGCGCCGGCCGGCACGUUCAACGGCGCCUCCCGCCCCGACAUCGAAGCGUUCACCGGCAUCCCAUUCGCGCAGGCCCCCCGUCUCGCCCCACCAGUCAAGUACACGACGCCGUUCAACAACUUUGACGCCACCGUCUACGCGGCGUCAUGCCCCCAGUUCAUCGGCACCACCAAGCCCGGAGGUGACUUCUUCGGCAUGAUCGUCAACGCUCUCACCAACACCCCCUUCCUCAAGGUUGCCCUCAACCAGAAGGAGGACUGCCUCAACCUCGCCAUCUACCGUCCCAAGGGCACCAACCCCAAUUCGAAGCUGCCGGUCCUCUUCUGGAUCUACGGCGGCUCGUUCACCUUUGGCUGGAACUCAAUGUACGACGGCGGAUCCCUGGUCAGCGAGGCGACAACAAACGGAAAGCCCUACAUCCUCGUCGUCAUCAACUACCGUGUUGGUGGAUGGGGCUUCCUUCACGGCAAGGAGGCCACUGCUGCCGGUGCUACCAACCUCGGUCUGCAGGACCAGCGCGCCGCUCUCGAGUGGGUCGCCGACAACAUUGGUGCGUUUGGCGGCGACCCGGACAAGGUCACCCUCUGGGGCGAGUCGGCUGGUUCCAUCUCGGUCUGGCACCAGGCCUCCCUGCUGGACGGCAACAACAUCUACAAGGGCAAGGCUCUCUUCCGCGGCGGCAUCAUGAGCUCGGGCUCCAUCGUCCCCGCCCAGAGCUCGACCUCGAAGAAGGCUCAGGACGUCUACGACACGGUCGUUUCGCGCGGCGGAUGCGCCGGCACCCCUGACACGUUCGCCUGCCUCCGCGCGCUUCCCUACCAGAAGCUCUACGACACUUUCAACUCGCUCCCCACGUCGCUCGGCUUCAACUCGGUUGCCCUGGCCUACCUGCCCCGCCCCGAUGGCAAGUGGCUCACGGCAUCCACCGACGACCUCCUCUAUGCCGGCAAGUAUGCCGAUAUCCCCUUCAUCAUCGGCGACCAGGAGGACGAGGGCACCAUCUUCUCCCUUCAGCAGGCUUCCAUCUCUGGCUCGACCGAGGGCAUCGUCGGCUACCUGAGCAGCCUCUACUUCGACCAGGCCACCCCUGACCAGAUCCGCGGCCACGUCAACACGUACCCCAACGACCUCACGGCCGGCUCACCCUUCAGGACCUGGAUCUUCAACGAGGUCUACUUCGGCUACAAGCGUAUCGCUGCCAUCCUCGGCGACAUGGUCUUCACCAUCACCCGCCGCGUCCACCUCAAGACCGCCAGCGCGGUCAAGCCCAACACCCCAAGCUGGUCGUACCUUGCGUCCUACGACUUUGGCAUCCCCGUCGUCGGCACGUUCCACGCCUCGGACAUUGUCCAGGUCUGGUUUGGCAUCCUCCCCAACUACGCCUCUAAGAACAUCCGCAACUACUUUGCAAACUUUGUGUACAACCUCGACCCCAACAACGCCUCGGGCGGCACCAACGGCAACUCCAAGGUCCGCGAAGUCUGGCCUCGCUGGAACCCAGCCAACCCGGUCCUCAUCCAGUUCUUCGCCGGAUUCUUCGGCACCAUCAAGGACGACUUCCGCCAGGCGUCGGCCGACUCACUCGAGAAGAACCGCCAAGUCUUCCGCAUCUAA